AAUCUGACAGGCCUGAUGACGAUCCCGCGGAGCCCCACUUCUAGUGAGGAUGAGAUGGCCCAGAGUUUUUCUGAUUACUCCGACGACUGCGCCUCUGAAAGCUCCCAUGAAGAAACCAUUUAUGAAACGAUAAGGGCCACCGCUGAGCCUUUGUCACACCAGAUAGACGACGUACACAUAAACUCACAGGUCAUCCGGAUUAUCAUCCCCGACCUGCAACAGACGAAAUGUAUGCGGUUCAAUCCGAACUCCACAGUCUGGGUUGCCAAGCAAAGGAUCCUAUGUACACUUAAUCAGAGCCUGAAGGAUGUGCUCAACUACGGCCUUUUCCAGCCCGCCAACGGUGGAAGAGAUGGGAAGUUUCUGGACGAAGAACGUAACCUCCGAGAUUACCCUCAGCCAAUCAGCAAAGGUGUUCCAUGUUUGGAGUUUCGCUACAAGAGCCGAGUCUACAGGCAGCCCAAUUUGGAUGAGAAACAGAUUGCCAAACUUCAUACAAAGGCCAAUCUGAAGAAGUUCAUGGACCUUAUACUCCACAAUCAGGUGGACAAAGUGUCUAAGAUGUUAGAGAAAGGCCUUGAUCCCAACUACCAUGACAGUGACACUGGUGAGAGCCCUUUGACCUUUACAGCACAUCUGGAUAACGUGGUGGAGAUGAUCAAGGUUCUUAAGAAUGGGGGUGCCCACUUGGACUUCAGAGCCAAAGACGGCAUGACAGCCCUCCAUAAAGCAGCACGUUCCAAGAACCAAGUUACGCUCACGACACUGUUGGAGCUGGGAGCAUCUCCAGACUACAAGGACAGUCGUGGUCUGACUCCUCUGUAUCACAGCGUGGUUGUGGGAGGAGACCCAGGUUGCGGCGAGCUCCUUUUAAACCAUCGCGCCUCUGUGUGCUGUCAGGAUGAAAAUGGCUGGCAUGAAAUUCACCAGGCUUGCCGACAUGGACACGUGCAACACCUGGAGCAUCUUCUGUUCUACGGAGCAGACAUGAGUGCUCAGAACGCCUCAGGAAACUCUGCCCUACACAUCUGUGCUCUCUAUAACCAGGAUAACUGUGCCAAAGUGCUGCUUCUUCGUGGCGCUGAUAAAGAAGUGAGGAACUACAACAGCCAGAGUCCUUUUCAGGUUGCAAUUAUUGCUGGGAACUUUGAUCUUGCUGAGCUGAUCAAGAACCACAAAGAGACCCAUAUAGUGCCUUUCCGUGAGGCUCCAGCAUACUCCAAACGACGCCAGGGUCCAUCGUCUGGCACCAACAGUGGAAACAGCCAGUCCGUCACAUCCUUAUCGGCUCCACGUGUCCUGCUGCGUUCCAACAGUGACAACAACCUAACGGUCAGUCAGUACCAGCAGCACGGUUCACCCAGCCACUGGGGACCCCAUCUUCAGCAACACCCAAACAGGGCCCCCCAGCAGGGUCAUUCGCAGCCUGGCUCCUCAGCUUUACAUCGCAGCCUGUCACCUCAGCAGCUUCAGCAGAUGCCCAGCGGCAGCCCCAAUGGCAAUGUGGUUGUUCGGACCAUGGGAAGGGGGUCAAGGAGCCGGUCGCCUUCACUCAGCCGGCUUGGGGAGGAAGCUCGACGGGCUGUCCCCUCACACCGCCAACCCAGUCCCAGCAGUCAUGGCGAAGCCUUAGGCAGCAGGAGGAAGCUGUACAGCGCUGUCCCAGGGCGACACUUUGUGGUGGUUCGUCCUUACACUCCCCAGGCCGAAGGAGAGAUCAACCUCUAUAAGAAUGAUCGAGUCAAAGUUCUGAGCAUCGGGGAAGGUGGCUACUGGGAGGGCAGCGCCCGUGGCAAGGUGGGCUGGUUCCCAGCCGACUGUGUGGAGGAGAUCCUGGCCAAGGCCACUGAGGAGAGGAGCUAUUCCCGCGCGGACCGUGCUGACAGACGGAAACUGUUCAGACACUACACUGUGGGAUCCUACGACAGCUUUGAUGCAUCCAGUGACUGCGUGGUGGACGAGAAGACGGUCGUACUCCAGAAGAAGGAGAAUGAAGGAUUUGGCUUCGUCCUGCGAGGAGCAAAAGCGGAUACGCCCAUUGAGGAGUUCACGCCCACCCCGGCCUUCCCUGCUUUGCAGUAUCUGGAGUCGGUGGACGAGGGGGGCGUGGCAUGGCAGGCGGGCCUCCGGACGGGGGACUUCCUCAUCGAGGUGAAUCAAGAGAACGUGGUGAAAGUUGGCCACAGACAGGUGGUCAACAUGAUCCGCCAAGGUGGGAACCGCCUUUGGAUCAAGGUGGUGACAGUGAGCCGGAAUCUGGACCCCGAGGACACAGCACGUAAAAAAGCUCCUCCGCCACCAAAGAGAGCUCCCACGACUGCCCUGUCCAUGCGCUCCAAGUCAAUGACAUCCGAAUUGGAGGAACUCGCCACUCUAAGGAAAAAGAAAGGUGAUGUGCAGAAGAAGAGGAUUGUUUUCCGAGUCACUCUAAAUAAAGUUGAAGAGAUGACGCAUGCCCAGAAGACAUCGCCGGUUGAUAUGAAGAUCGCAACAAUCAAGCCACGCCCAUCCAGUCGCUGCUUGAUUACACCCACCGAACUAAAUUCCAUGUACCAUGACCGCCAGGGAGUAGCAGUGGUUCCGCCCACUGUGCCAGGGGCCUUUCUGGGAUUACCAGAGAAGGGCAUGCUUAGGAAGCAAAAGUCCAUAGGUACAACAGAGGAGGAAAAACAGGGGUUCCUUACGCCUCCUCAUCUUAAAUUCUCUCGCAGCCUCUCAAUGCCAGAUACUUCCGAGGAUAUCCCUCCUCCCCCAGCCAUUUCACCCCCCUCGCCACCAGCAUACAACUCACCAGCUGGUUCAACACCCAAGAGUUACAGUACCACGAGACCCAGCUUCACCCAGAACUCGCCUAACGCAGUAACGACUAUUAGUAGAACUACAGAUAUUGGUACAUUGAGGAGGGGCUAUCACAGACAGAGUUCAGAGCAUUUUGAGAGCCCACGCACCCGAGGGCGCACGUCGGUGCCUGAAAACCCUUACUCUGAGGUUGGCAAUAAAAAUUUGUAUGUGCCAGCGAAACCAGCCCGAAGGAAGGGCAUGCUAGUAAAACAGUCAAAUGUCGAGGACAGCCCAGAAAAAACAUGUCAUAUUCCAGCAAGCCCCUCGGGCCCAGUUUCCAUGCCGACUACACCUGUUGAGCGAACAUGCUCUUCCAUCCCCAUUCCUACCAUCAUUGUCAAGGAGCCAUCCACCAGCAGCAGUGGCAAAAGCAGCCAGGGUAGCAGUAUGGAGAUAGAGCCCACGACUCCAGAACACCCAUCUUUAAUGCCAACUGUUGGUGGAAGUGGUGGUCUGCGCCCUGAAGAUCCAAUGUCUCUCGCCAACCCAUUUGCGGCAGCUAUUGCUGGGGCAGUGCGGGACCGGGAGAAAAGGCUCGAGGCAAAAAAACACUCGAUUGCCUUCCAGUCAAUAGAUAUGGGGGAUGAUGACUCAAUCGGUCCUACCCCAACCCCUCGCCUUAGGCAGUCAAAGUCUAUCGAUGAAGGUAUGUUUAGUAGUGAUGAGCGACUUAGAAGGAUGAUGGCUCCACCAGUCAACCUCGGACCUCCUGUCGGGGGCGGCAGUGGAAACAUGACAGAUUUCAACACUCCAGAGCCCACCGUUGUUCGGGAGCCUCUAAACACAAAAACAGGACAGUGUCCCAACUUGGACAGCCCUGUUAGUCUCCCAGCCACGCCCCCAAAGAGCCACUACCGGGCCAAUGGAACAUACCGUCACCCUGUCACUGGUAAACCUCUGGACCCUAAUUCUCCUCUUGCUUUGGCACUCGCGGCUCGUGACCGAGCUAUGAAGGAGCAACAAAAUCAUCAUCAAAAUCCUCCUCAGGUUCCGCAAACUCCCAAACAUGAAGCUCAGUCCCUCCCCCUGCAGCCAAGCCACAAACUAGACCUCAACCAGCCACUUUUUAUUGAUACCAAGUUGCGGUCUGGGAUUGAGACAAGUUUUGCUGCAAUCUCCUCUGCAACCAUGGGCCGCCCAGGGCGAGGUGGCUUGCGGAGGCAGAUGACUGAGCAGAAAUACGAGUCUAACCCGGGCCGGGAAGAACGACAACAUCAGGCACUUGAGGAGAGGAAAAGUGCGCCAGCGGAUGUGGCUGACACACCCAAGUCAGCAGGGCUGCUAAUGGUUCACACCAGUACAGAGGCAAGCAAGUUAAAUAACCAAGAGUUGGAAGGGCAGGAUAGCAACAGACCGUCUGAGCUGAAAGACCCCAAUCAACCUGAUCCCCGCAGUGGCCCAACAUUGUCAAUUAAUCCCCAGCCCUCCUCAAUGCGAAGACGUAGCAUUCCUUUAGGGGAAUCCUUGGAUGAACCUGUGAAGCUACCCUUCCGUAUCCCCCCUCCUCCUCUUGCGUCAGUUGACGUUGACGAGGAUUUUGACUUCACAGAGCCUCUCCCACCUCCCCUAGAGUUUGCAAACAGCAUUGACAUCCCCGAUGACCAGGCUAGUGCCAUUGCACAGAUGCUUCAGCAACAGAGAAGGAAUGGGGGGCCUCUGCUACCCCCAUACAAUGCCCAUGCCCCUCCACUUGUCACUGACCAACAUAAACAGGUGACGAACAGUAUUCCCCCUUCAUAUCCUCCUCCCCCGCCAGACCCAGAGUCAGGGAUCGGUGACUCCGGCAUUGAAGAGGUAGACAGCCGCAGCAGUGGGGAUCCUCAGCACAUGGACACCACUAGCACCGUGUCUAGCAUCUCCACCCUUUCGUCAGAGGGAGGCUUCUGUGACACCACCCUGGAGAGCCUUUAUGCUACUGCAGAUGGGCAUUCCUUCCUAGUGGAUAGACCCCCUGUACCACCCAAACCCAAAGGAAAAUCAGUCAUCAACAGAACCUCACUUUAUCAUGAUGCUCUAAUUGAAGAACCACCGGAAUCUUAUGGGUCACCACCUCAGGCUCCUCCUUCCUCCUCUGAACCUCCUAGGACGCCCACUCAAAGAACAUCAAAGCUAUGGGGUGAUCAACCUCCUGAGCUUCAUAGUCCUCCGUCUACACCAGACAGCAAGAACAUAGUUAUCACAGAGUUGAGCUCCAUUCUGCAACACAUGAAUCGCGAUAGACCACCCAAGUCAGGAGAAAGCCUCGACUCCCCCACAGGGAACCAAGGGGCCUUUGGAACAAGGCCCCCCUCAGACGACUCAGGGAUGCGCAACAACGCUGCCGCCACCGCCGCCCUCACCUCCACACCUCCUAGCAGCCUCCCCUCUCAGACACACCCCUGCAGCCCUCCGGACUCCGCCUCCUCCCUCACCCCCUGCUCUUCGCUGCCACCCUCUGUGUCACCCACGCUCACAGAUGUCUUCGGCCUGCCCACCCCGCCCAUGGGCAGCGGCGGAGGUUACAGUCUGAGCUCGUCAUGCGGCGGGAGCGGCAGCUCGCGGUCGCCGUCGCCGCUGACUCUCAUGCAGGCGGUGGUGGCCUCGGGCAAGCCCUUCGCCUCCAAGCCCGUCGAGCUGUGGAGCAAAUUCGAUGUGGCCGACUGGCUGGAGAGCCUUCACCUGGGCGAGCACAGAGACGCUUUCCUGGAUAAUGAAAUCGAGGGCGCCCACCUGCCUUCCUUGCAAAAAGAGGACCUGAUAGACCUCGGCGUCACGAGGGUGGGCCACCGCAUGAACAUCGAGAGGGCCCUCAAGCUGCUGCAGGACAGAUAAGCCCAGAGGACAGCGAAGAGCGCGUCGCAGGAGACACUUUGAGCAAUCUCUUCAGAGGACGUCUACUCCAGUCAUGGGAGCUUUUGUCCAAGUCGAUGAUGCCUCUUGCCUUUUUUUUUUGUCCUCUCUCACCCUCAUCUGAGCACUCCGGUCCAGUCAGCCUCCCCUCCUGCAGCCUCGAGCAUCAGAGGAUUGUGGGACGUUGGGAGGAGAGGAAGCUGCUGGGUGACAUCAAGGGGAGCGAGAGGGAGAGGCCGGGAUGAGGGACUGUCCCCGCCCGCCCGGAUCAAUGGAUCCUCAAACUUUGGAAGUCAUUUAUUCCACAUGAAAAACUCACGCUCAUCCAACUACAGCUUUGGAAUACUACAGACCUUUUCCCUGUGCCCCACGUGUGGGUGCAUGAAAACCAGCAGAGCUGGCCUUUUUUUUUUCCUUCUUUUUGAUCCUUUUCUAUCUUUGCUAGAGAAUAAUAUGAGAAUAUUUCUUCACUAGAGUCCUACCGGAGUUAUAUUUCUGACUCCAUCUAAGGUUAUAGAGAAACACUUUUGGUUUUCACCUGAACUAUUAGCUCAUAUUUGAAUUCAUACGUGAUGGCCACAAGAAGCACACACGCACACUUACUGCACACAAUUUCGUGAGGAAGAAGACGCCGUCUUCGCAGACAUGCACACAUGAAGCAUGAAUAUCGACACACCGUCACUGCGACCGCCUUCUCCCGAGAGAGUAGAAUGUGGAUCGAGGUGGUCGUUCGAGCCGUUUGCUCCUAGUGUGGCGCCAAGGCCGCCUCCGCAUUGCCAAAAGGCCAACGCCAGUAGUGAUGCCAUCCAAAGGCUUCAACAACGUUGGAGCACUUCAAUCGGGGUCAACUCGUAUCAGCUUGUGAUUUCUUGGUGUGUAGGCGUGUGUGUGCUUGAUACAUAUUAAGGAUAUUCCAUACAGAGAAACCCGAGCUUGACUUCUACUAAUUCCUUCCUCUGAGCAGCACGGUGAAUCCCUGCAGUGGUGACCCCCGCGACUCACGGCUGAGUUCAUUAGACAUCUUCAAGGAGCAGUUUUUGACUGAUUAGCUCAAGGCUAAUGGAGGAGAUGCAUGUAGUAAAGUAAAAUGGAAAGUAUCUUUGGGGCAAACAAAAUACUGCAAUUCAAAUUUGUAGGUCCAGAAGUAUUUAAAUAAUAACAGACUUAUUGUCACGUUUCGCGUAAUGGUAGUUGUAGGACCCCAAAAAGCAGGGUUGAUUGAUCAAAAGGUAUUUAACAAAAAAUACACACAGGAGUACAAUGGAAAAAACACUAACUGGAAGUACUCAAAAAAAAUGCCUGGAAAUCACGAGGAACAAACAAAACUAAGACAGGAAACAAAACAUGACAGGAGAACACGUAUGCUCACAUACUCACAGCUCACAAUGACCCAACAAAGAGUGGCAGAAACUCAGGGAACUAAAUUCAAGCUAAGUGACGAGACAACGAGAAACACCUGGACAACACACAAAGGGUUGAGGGAGCAAAUUGGUUACACAGAAGGAACACUGAUAAUGAGAACAGGUGGCAAAAAAAGGGCACAUGAAUCAAAACCGAACUUAACCAGAUCGAAACAUCACACUUGUGAUUUGGGACAAUUCAUUCACAAUGAAACAAUCAAAAUUGUAUCAAAGUGUAGAUUUUCAGCCUGACGAGUUACUAUCUUGGACUUAGACAUUUUUGAGAUGGCAGAUCCAUUUUCAGGAGGUCAAAAGUAUUAUUUGGACUCGCAAGGUUAUUUUUCUAAGUAUGGUCCACUUAGUUUUUUCAAGAAAAAUGAAGCAAAGAGAUCCCAAUGCAACAAAGACUCCAAAAAACAACAUAAAUCGACAAUAGAAUUAUAACAUUUGCGAUUAGAAACCCCAAUCACCAGCUUGAAUAAAAUUAGGGAGGAUGAUUGAAGUCGAUGAUGGAAGAACACUUUCUGCGGUGAAAAACAGUAUUCACAGGCAGAGUCAAAAAUAUGCAUUCUCAAAAUCGAUAACGAAGAGAUGCUUUCAUGAAUGUAAACACAAUACGGUGCAAGUUAGGGGGGGGUGUCCUGAUCAGGUUCAGAGGCAGGGCCCCAGAAUAUCUGUUCUAUUUUCUGCAGAAGGAAAACAAAAUGCUUGCUAACUGGUUCUGAUUGACUUCAGCUAAACAUAUCUUCUGUGUCAGACAUAAUAAUGCAUGAAGCCAAAAGCAGUGCUUCACUUUAAUAGACAGUGUCACUUUUAGUCUAGCCGAUGAUGCUUCGGCCAUUUGUUGGAUGGUGCUCGUGGUCCGGAAUGAUUAUGGUGGCUAAGAUGCUAACUUAGCUAUGCUAAUGCUUAUUGUGAACCCGACCAAUUAAAAUGACAUUCUCCGUUUUGUAGUUUUGACCUGAGCCCAAAACUGAAAUAUCAAAAUUCACUUUUUUUUUUUACAUUAUAUUCAAGAAAUAACCGGAUAAUCACUUAUAUUUUUUUAAAUUGUCGAUUGAAAAUGGAAAUAACAAAUAGUAGAUGGAUUGCAUGGAAGUCAUGUCACGCUACACUUCACUAAGCUUUUGUCGAAUCCAUGGUGGUUGUGAGAACAGACAAAAAAAAAUGUCAUUGACCAAAUACUUCUGGAUCUACCUGUUAAAUCAGGUGUGUUGGAGAAAGGAGACAUUUAAAAACCAGGCACUUGUGCACCCCACGUUAAAAGAUUGUAUACUAUUUAUUACAAUGGGACCAUAGCGCUCUCUUCUCUCUCUCUCUCUCUCUCUCUCUCUCUCUCUCUCUCUCUCUCUCUCUCUCUCUCUCUCUCUCUCUCUCUCUCUCUCUCUCUCUCUCUCUCUCUCUCUCUCUCUCUCUCUCUCUAUCUAUAUAUCUAUAUAUAUAUAUAGUUAGCCUUUUUCAAAUACAAUGGACACUUUUCACGUGAUAUCAGACCACUGCUGCUCAAGAACUUCCACACUGUUCCAAUUGGACAAACCAAAAUGUCACUGAUGUAAUUGUUUUAUGUUUGAAAAUGUGUGAUCGUAACUUGGGCCCCACUCUAGCAAGCCAGCAAGACAAACCAUUGCGACUCAAGCAGUAAAAGCACAGCUCGACAGAUUGAAAGCGGCAGCGAGGAGCAACAAAACAAUACGAGAAGGACUGAGUCUGGAGCGUUGCUAGCAUACUCGGUUUUUGAGAAUAAUGUGAUACUCUGCGCAGUGUUGCCACAACCGGUGAUCAACGGGGUGAAAAAGAAGUGCUGCUGCUCUUCCUUCACAAGUCCUGUUUUCUUGCGGGAUGCCACAUCCAUCCGUCACUUGCACGUCACUUGACUGGACACGUUCACAACACAUUUGUCAAAAUAUUACCGCAAAUUUUAUGAGUAUUGUAUACCUCUUUUACAAAUACGACCAAUACAUGCGAUUGCUGAGCACGUUACCUGUGUGCUUUUCUCUUCCGUGACGCUUUUCUCAGUAUAACUUGGCCAUUAUUACAUGAUUGCUUGGUGUUUUCUUUCAUUAACAAGUAUAGAGCGUAAGUGAAUAGAUGGUAAAGUAAUUCACAAGUGGUCUGAUGUCACUAUGAGGAGCUAUUAGAUUUUUGUGUGUGGACGUUUUGUCAUCUAGAGCCCAACGGUGAGUCUUUUUUUUUCCACACCAAAAAAAAAAGGAGUCAACGGCCAGUCUGGCUCAGGAAUUUUAAACAGCUGCAAACACGAUAUAAUAUAUAUUUGAUUAUGCACCGAGUAAACGCAGCUUUGAGAUACCCGGAAUGGGACUGAUCCCCUUGUCCUUGAAAACGAUCAGUACAAGUGCGUUGUUUUAGAUUGCAGAGUUGUCAAAUUGAAGACUAUUUUAUUCAUCUGGAUCCAGAAUUCAAUCUUCCUUUAAUCCUUUCUACCGUAUUUUCCGCACUAAAAGGUGCACCUAAAAGCCUUCCAUUUUCUGAAAAGCUCACAGCGCGCCUUAAAAUCCUAUGCGCCUUGUGUAUGGUCAUUACGGUGAUAUGUCGACCCCCAAAAUGGCUCCUUGCUGGAGACAUACAAUAGAACACGGAAAUAAAAUAGCAGCAAGAGAGUUCAACGUUAACGAGUCAAUGUUAUAACUUGCUGUUGGUUCCGUGAACUGGGUCGCUGCUUUAUUAAAUAAUUUUUACUGACAUUUGAUCGUUCUGUAGUAACGCACCUCAAAACCGAAGCUAUUUAGCUGUUGUCGCUUGUUCAAAGCUUCUUUGAUCUGUGACGCGGUUGCGUCGGCGCUGAUUGGUUGAACCAUGUGCGUACGUGCACGCGCUCGCAACAGAGAGCAGCGGACUAUAGACAGCUUUGGCGCGCUUCGCUCGAGUGACAUUUCCUUGAGCGUAGCUCCAUCUAGUGGAUGCAUUGUAGAUUGCGUCUUAAGGUGCGGUGCAUCCAAUAUAUGAAAAAAUUACAAUAUAGGCCAUUCCUCGAAAGUGAGCCUCAUAAUCCAGUGCACCUUUUAGUGUGGAAAAAGCGGUAUUUCAAUUCAACUAAUUACUUACAUGAAGCCGAUAUAUAGCUGCAGUAUAACUCAAUAUGUUUGUUUUAUACAAAAGCUCCCUUUCAAGGCAACGCCAUCUUCAUUGUGAGUAAUCAAGAUGGUCGUAUCAAUGGAAAAGCCUCAAGAUGACAUCCCUUCAUAUCAUAAACGAUGCUGCACUAAGAUACAUUUUAUGGAGUGGAGCAAAAAAACCAAAAUAGUAGGGAUGCACACAUGUCGUAGCGCUUUGUCUUUCGAGAUAAACAGUGGAAAUAUUCCUCUCUGAAGUUGGUUCAUAGCUUGAGACCGUCACAAAAGAAUUGCUUUGCCGGCUUCAGGGUUUUAUGCCGAAAGAGUGUGAACACGCACAUACAUCCACUCGCUCCCCCUGAGCCCUAACCAUCGCAAGAAACAAUCAGGCACCUAUCGGCUUGGAUUAGACGAAAACAGUAUCAAGCAUUGUAAUUGGAUCGCUUUUUAUUAUGCCGGAGCUGGCUAGGUGGUGCGCAAGUCCAAUACAGGGUUGAAAUGUGUAUAUAAGAGUGUUUUAACAAGAGUCUAAUUGUGUGCAUGUAUAGAAUUAUUAAAAGGCUUAGAGUGGAAACAAUCUUAGGAAGGGUUCCUUUCAGACCUGACAUCCAAAGCAGCGUCCCAUCAUCCCAAUGAGGAUGCCUUAAAUAAGGUGCCGGGUCCCUUUGGUUCCGUCCCCACAUCUGCCGUUUGCGACUAAGCGGAUUAUUUCGGAGUUUACUUAGUGUGUGAUUUUGGUACAUCGGCAACCCUCGUGUCUGCAAAGAGAUCAACGGUACUUUUCGAGAUUGGUUUUUAUCACGCUGGGCUGCCUCGGAGGCGUCGGAUGAAACGACAAAUGCUGUGUGUUCUGUGAACAUUAGCGGCGCAGAGGCCGGCACGGGACAACGCAGCUAUAAAGCUGCAACUUAUUUUCAAACAAAAGAGUGACGUGUGUCAGCAGGGGUCGACAAGCACAGUAUUUUUAAACAUUUGUAUAGAGUUCUAUUACAUUUUAUAGAGAUUAUCUUGAAAAAGGUGUUCGGCACUGGUGUGUGGAUUUGCCAAAUACAGAAAUAUUAAAUGGCUACGACCGUGGAUAUUAUCAUUUAAGGUUUUGUAAGAAGCAAUAUUUAAUCUGAAUGAAUCUCCUUUGUUAUGUUUUAAUUUCCCAUUAUAAAGUGACAUAUCACCUUAUGCUUACUUGUCUGUAUUUAAACGAACUGUUGCCUAGAUGCAAUUUAUCGACUCAUGUGGUAGAUUUCGGCGAUGUUGGCCAAUCGAGUGACCACAAAAAUCAGGUAUUUUCUGACCGCCACUUGCCUAAUCUGUCAUUCUCGAAACAAAAUCCUGCCUCGAGAGAGUGCAGCCUGUGUAUUGAAACAAAUCGAUAUAAAUCUGUACAUUUAUAUAUAUAUAUAUAUAUAUAUAUAUAUAUAUAUAUAUAUAUAUAUAUAUAUGUCUGCUGGCCAACUUAGUAGGGAACUAAAACAACACGUACAUAAAGGCCCCCCUUUUCUCCCCCAAAAACAUAAAAAAAGGAGGAAAAAAAUCAUUGUGGGUCAACAGGUCACCAAACCAUAUUCUGUGUUGCAAAUGUAGAGCCGAGUAGAUGUCGUGAGAAUCCUUUGUUUAGGAAAAACAUGGCUCACUAAACCCACUUCCACUGCCGCCUUUGAAUGCUGCUCCCACUAUUCUCAUCGUUCAACAUUUGGCUAACCCUCUCUGUCUUUUUCUAAACAUAUUUUGGUUCCAUUAUUAGAUUUUAUUCUUUGAUUAAGUCUUGAUCUAGACUAAGCUGUUUUCCAGUAAUUUGUGAAAAGACUUGUGUUUGUUAUUUUUUUUCUAUGUUGCUGUAAUUUUGUGCUUCGAAAGUCAUCAUAGAAUCAACUAAUUACUGAAAUGAAUAGAGAGAAUUUUCCUGUAAGUGCACUCUUCAUUCCCUCCCGCCUCCUCAAAUCCUCAAGAAUUCUUGUAUGGCAACCAAAAGUCACUGUAAAAAAAUAAAUAGAACGUUGCACUAG